AUGUAUUCAAGCAAAGACACUGAAAAUCAAUCAUUAGCAGAGCAAGAAAGCAACAAUUUCAACAUGGCAAUUCCAUUUCCUGUUCGAUUUUGGAUUUUUCUCAUAUCUCUUAUACCAUCAUUUGUUUGUUACGUUUUUGUUCUUUGGCAUCUGCUGUGUGAUCGAGUCCUACGAGGUACUCUCAGUAAUCAUACGAUUAUUUUACUCUUGAUUAUCAAUCUAAUCUAUGAAUUAAUCAAUAUUCCAUUAUAUCUUAGCUAUUUUUAUCAUUCCGGUAAUAUCUUUCCAAGUACACCAAAUAUAUGUCUCUUAUGGAUAUUUAUUGAUGAAGGUCUGUUCUCUAUUUCAUUGCUUAUCACUGCUUGGGCUUCAGUUGAACGAUAUAUUAUUAUCUUUCAUAAAAAAUUGAUCUCUACUUGGAAAGGGCGUGCUCUUUUUCACUAUGGCCCAUUAAUCAUUCUUGUUGUUUAUUUAUUCUUGUUCUUUUCUUUUGCUGUUGUAUUUCCACCGUGCAAAAACGCAUUUGAGUAUGAUGCUCCUGUUUGUGGUUCUCCUUUAUGUUAUUACGAUGUAAAGUUAGUUGGUAUAUGGGAUGUUCUGUUUCACGAUAUUUCACCUAUAGUUGUGAUGGCUGUCUUUAAUGUAACUUUAUUUUUUCGUGUGAUUUUGUGA